UACUGCGUGUACUCCCGACUGUAAGCCACGGAAGCCUCGUCUCUACGCUAGAACAAUUUUUUUAUUUUUAAUUGCUAAAAUAAUAAAUUUAUCUUUGAUUUAUUCUACGUUUUAUUUUAGCGAUUUUAUUCGUGAGAUGAACUAACGAUCAACACUCGAAUAUCACAAUCUUACCGGCAUCGACGGCAUCUUAGUAAAGUCACCGCCAUCUAGUAAACUACACCAAUUUAGUUUAGUUGUCUGGUUAUGGUUGUCUUAUAUAUAUGAUAUGAACUAUUUGAUAUUAGGAUUUGAUAUUUUGAUCGACUCAUCGUUUAUCCACCUGUUUCUCAGAUUUCAUGAAGUGUUUGUUUAGUUUUUACAUGUUACUUUGUUUCAUUCUGUUUGCUACUUUUGUCUAUAACAAUUUUUUUAUCUUUACACUUGAUGAGCUUUGUGAUAAUUAAAUAUUUAAAAUCCGUAACAUUGCAAUCAUUAAAAUGGAUAAAAAUAAUGUACCCGAUGAAUUGAAUGAAGAAAUAAAUGAACAAAUCCGCAGCAGAAUCGAAAAAAAUAAACAAAGAGCUUUACUCUUGAGAAAGACUAAAGUUGUAUCUCAUCCUCACACAAAAAGUGAUAACGAACAUGGUGUGCAAAGCAAAGUCAUUAAAGUUUCAGGACAAAAGGUUAUUGAUAGUGGAGCUGGUUUUCUUAUCGAAGAAGAUGAUGACUUGGAAGCUGCGAUGUGCUCUAUUACAGCAAAUCCAGCUCCAAUUGUUAGUACGCUUCCUGUUUGCAUAGAAUGUAGUAAAGAAUUUAAAGAUUCAUACCUUCUGCAAAAGUUUGAUUAUGUAGCUUGUGAUAACUGCAGAGAUAAUGAUGGUAAACAUUCUUUGAUCACAAGAACAGAGGCUAAACAAGAGUAUUUAUUGAAAGACUGUGAUCUUGACAAACGAGAGCCACCACUGAAGUUCAUUUUACGUAAAAAUCCUCAUAAUAUUAGAUGGGGUGAGAUGAAACUUUACCUUCAGAUUCAGAUUGAGGAAAGGGCUCUACAAGUUUGGGGUAGUGAAGAAGCACUUAUAGAGGAGCGUGAAAAGCGCGAUGUCAAGCGUCAAGAAACAAAAAUAAAAAAAUUCAACAAGAAAGUAAAACGGUUGAGAAUGGAAGUUAGGAGUUCUUUAUAUGACAAGACUCAAAAAGCUUCUCAUACGCAUGUUUAUGGCGAUGACACUUACAACAGUGAUGAUGAUACCUAUACACAUACAUGUACAGAAUGUGGAUUUGAGGAAACUUAUGAAAAAAUGUAGUUAUAUAAU